AACGCUCCGGCUCCGGCUUUGAAAGGCUCGGCUCGGUAGGCUCCGGCGAGCGGUGGGGUGUGGGCGGUAUGAGCGCGGCGGUGUCCGGCAGAGGGUCCCGCCCGGCGGGGGCCGCGGCGAGCAGUCGGGGGGCGCCGCCGCCGCCGCCCUCCUCGGCGUCGGCAUCGGCAUCGGCGUCGGCGUCGGCGAGCAAGGCCGUCCCGGAGGUGCUGGUGGACCCGCGCAGCCGGCGCUGCUACAGCCUGGGGCGCUUCCUGGGCAAGGGCGGCUUCGCCAAGUGCUACGAGAUCACCGAGGCGGAGAGCCGGGAGGCGUUCGCCUGCAAGGUGGUGCCCAAGGCGCUGCUGCUGAAGGCGCCGCAGAAGGAGAAGAUGACCAUGGAGAUCGCCAUCCACCGCAGCCUCCAGCACCGCCACGUGGUGGCCUUCCAGGGCUUCUUCGAGGACAACCACUUCGUCUUCGUCGUCCUCGAGCUCUGCCGCCGGCGGUCCCUUUUGGAGCUGCACAAGCGUCGAAAAGCCCUGACCGAGCCAGAAGCCCGCUACUACCUGCGGCAGAUCAUCCUGGGCUGCCAGUACCUGCACAGCAACCGCGUCAUCCAUCGCGACCUCAAGCUGGGCAACUUGUUUCUGAACGAUGACAUGGAGGUGAAGAUUGGGGACUUUGGUUUGGCCACGAGGGUGGAGUACGACGGUGAGCGGAAGAAGACUCUGUGCGGGACGCCAAACUACAUUGCCCCCGAGGUGCUGGGCAAGAAAGGGCACAGCUUCGAGGUGGAUAUCUGGUCCAUUGGCUGCAUCAUGUACACCCUCCUGGUUGGGAAGCCUCCAUUUGAAACCUCCUGUCUGAAAGAAACUUAUAUUCGGAUUAAGAACAACGCAUACACUAUUCCUACGCACAUCAAUCCCGUGGCUGCUAGUCUCAUCCAGAAGAUGCUGCAGCACGACCCGGCCGCCCGCCCCACCAUCGACGAGCUGCUGAGUGAGGAGUUCUUCACAACAGGCUACAUUCCUUCACGGCUGCCCACGACGUGCCUCACGGUUCCUCCCCGGUUCUCCCUGGCCCCUAGCAGCUUCGAUCCCAGCAGCAGGAGGCCUCUCGCCGUGGUGAACAAAGGACCAGGGAGCCCUGCCCUGGAGAAGGUGCCUGAGAAGGAGGAUGAGGCCACCCUGCCCGAGCCAGGACAGCCCCUGCCCUGCUACCUGGCCGACCUGCUGCAGCAGCUGACGCGAGUCAACGCUUGCCAGCCCUCAGAAAAAACUCCCGUCAGACAAGAGGAGGCUGAAGACCCGGCCUGCAUUCCCAUCUUCUGGGUCAGCAAGUGGGUGGACUACUCGGACAAGUACGGCCUAGGCUACCAACUGUGUGAUAACAGCGUGGGGGUCCUUUUCAAUGAUUCCACUCGUCUGAUCAUGUACAGCGAUGGGGACAAAUUGCAAUACAUCGAGCAGAACGGCUCUGAACUGUAUUUUGAUGUGCGCUCUUACCCAGAUGCUUUCAGCAAGAAGAUUAAGCUGCUGGAGUAUUUCCAGAACUACAUGAGCGAGCAUUUGCUGAAGGCGGGCGCAAACGUCACUCCCCGGGAAGGAGACGAGCUGGCACGGCUCCCCUAUCUCUUGAACUGGUUCCGCACCCGCAGCGCGAUUGUCCUGCACCUGAGCAAUGGCACCGUGCAGAUCAAUUUUUUCCAGGACCACACCAAGGUCAUCCUCUGCCCCCUGAUGGCUGCUGUCACCUACAUCAACAAAAGGCGGGAGUUCCGGACCUACAAGCUGAGCCUGAUCGAGGAGUUCGGCUGCUGCAAGGAGCUGGCCAGCCGCCUCUGUUACGCCUGCACGAUGGUGGAGAAGCUGCUCGGUUCUAAAUCGGGAGCCGCCUUUGCAAAGCCGCCGACCUAGAGCCCGCGGGGGGGUUGCUCGGCUCAAAACUGUCCG